ACCUCUGUGAUCAAAAGUGAGACAUGUCAUGACGCAAGCACACGCACACACUCGUUGUGGUUGUAUUGUGAAACUUUCCACCGGAAGUCAUUUUAUAUAGUCUGAGAGGUUUGACAAAAAUCGGGAGCUGUGAGCGCCAACAGCGGAUCAUCCAGCCUCGUUCAGUCCGACGCACUUCAGUCCGCUGCAACAAGGGCGCGAUUCCAUCUAGAAAAGUGAUUUAUAGACACAGAGAAAGUAAAGUGAGCCUGGACAGAAACCUAACCGGACAAGGGAAAGGUUAAAAGUCCAGUCUUUUUUUUUAUUCCUUUAAUUGCAUCCUCAGCGCCCUUGUUUUAUUUGUCUCUGCCUCUGGACACGGUGAUGCGCGCUGGCUGUGCUCUCUGGACUGUACCUGCGGUGAUGGGCCGGGCCGGGAGAUGAGCAGCGGGCGGACUGGGGGAGCCAGGGGCGCACGAGGAGGUCUGGACGCAUAGGCCACAGGGUGUGAUAGGUCCGAGACCGCCUCAUGUGUCGGGCCUCCUCUGUGUUUUGGUCCCCACUGACCCCCAUCCUCCCAGCAUCAGUGGGAUGUCCCAGGUGUGUCUCCUCUUGGCCUUGCUUAUGCUCUUCAGCUGCACAAAGGUCUCCUCUACUAACUCCCUGGAGCUUGUGAAGGAGCAGUGGAGCAGCUACAAAAACCAGUGCCUGGACUACCUCAACGCCACGCCCCCCGCCACAGGGCUGGUGUGUAACAGGACCUUUGACCAGUACGCCUGCUGGCCUGAUGGACUCCCAGGAACCACCGUCAAUGUCUCCUGUCCAUGGUUCCUGCCAUGGCAUCGAAAAGUUCAGCAGGGUUUGGUCUACAGAGUCUGCAAUGAAGAUGGUCAGUGGGCACGAAAGAAUACCAGCGAAUGUGAGAACGACCCUGGUGAGCAGCAGUACGGCCGCAUCCUCAAUCAGUUACGGAUCAUGUAUACAGUGGGCUACUCACUCUCCCUGGGAGCUCUGCUACUGGCCUUGGGAAUCCUCAUCACCUUCAGGAAGCUCCACUGUAUGAGGAACAACAUCCACAUGAACCUGUUUGCCUCCUUCAUCCUGAGAGCCGUGUCCAUCCUGGUCAAAGAUGCCCUACUGACCCUCACACUGAAUCCCAGGAGCAGCAGUGACACCCACACACAAGCCUGGAUCAACAUACCGGCUGUUACUUGGUGUCGUGGUGCCAUGGUGAUGAUGCAGUACAGCGUGAUGGCCAACAACUAUUGGCUGCUGGUGGAAGGCAUCUACCUGCACAGCCUGCUAGUCAUCACCGUGUUCAGUGAGAGGAAGUACUUCUACAUUUACCUGUCCAUCGGCUGGGGUGCACCGCUCAUAUUCGUGUUGCCAUGGAUCACAGUCAAAUAUCUGUAUGAGAACGAGGAGUGCUGGGAGAGGAACAUUAACAUGGGCUACUGGUGGAUCAUUCGUUCUCCUAUACUGUUUGCUUAUCUGAUUAACUUCUUCAUAUUCAUACGAAUUAUCAAAAUCCUGAUGUCUAAACUCAGAGCUCAUCAGAUGAGAUACACGGACUACAAGUUCAGAUUAGCAAAAUCCACUCUCACUCUCAUUCCUCUGCUUGGGAUUCACGCCAUCCUCUUCACCUUUGUCAUCGACGAGUACGUCCCUAAAGGCUCCAUGCUACGCCUUAUUCGCCUCUUCUUUGACCUGCUGUUCAACUCUUUCCAGGGCUUGCUGGUUGCCAUCCUGUACUGCUUUGUCAACAAAGAGGUGCAGUCUGAGAUGCUGAAAAAGUGGAAGAGGUGGAAGCUGGGUAAGGACAUCGAUGAGGAGUACCGCCACACCCACAGCCACACACCACACGUCAAGAGUGGCAGCAUCGCCACAGGUAAUCUGCCCUAUCUUCACGACAACAAUGCUAGCGACCCCAGCGGUGACUCGCCCCGCCUCAACAAAGCCGACAGAGAACCCUCCUGCUCUGCCGCACCUGAGGAGAACCGCCGACUAGUUGUCUCUUACAGCAACGGGACGGGGAAAGGCGGGGCUGCCAAGAGCAGACACACCCUGCAGUUCUCUUUCCUGCCACACAGAAGCGCUGGGAUUCACGUGAGCACUACCACAGAGGACGUGUGUUUGGAGGAGAAGGGGCAGUGCCGCUCACACGCUCUGGAAGGAGAGGAGACUAAUGUCUGAGGACAACCUCCUCUGAGGUUUUGUCAUGAAACCCUCACUGAUUGCGCUUAUCGGUGUUUCGGAUCAGUGUUUAUUAUGCGCAAACAAGACAGCCUGAGUGGGGAGAGAUCGAGGACAUAACCCACACAGAUCAGGAUGUUUUAACCUACACAGCUGCAAAUUAGUAUUUAUUGGUUUUGGGACCUUGAGCGAAAAAGCACUUAUUGACUUCAGACAUCAGGAAUGGUAAAAUAAAUUAAAGAGGAACUCUAGUGGUGUCCAGUGCCAUGUGAGUGUGUGUGUGUGUGUUUGUGUGAGUAUGUGUGUGUGUCUGUAUGGAGGACUGCCAUUUUGACACCGACCCUGCUCUCAUUUUUCCAUCUGUACCACUGCUGUCGUUGUGAGUCAUGCUUCUGUGUCUGUUUGCAGCAAUGGGUGGUCAUUUUUUUGUGGUACUCUCCGACAGAAACCUCUCGAAAGUGUCAAUUUUUUUUUUCCUUUUUGGUUUCAUGAAACUGAAUGUGGACUUCAGCAUGGCUGAUUUGUGACGUCUGGAUCAUUUAAGGAUGAAGGGAGAGAUUCACUGGAGAGCGCAGACUCUUAUCACACAUGCUGAGGCAGAGGAUGGAAGCUUUGAUCUUCAGACAGACUAUAAUAUUUAACUUAUUCUGGAUUUAAAUGACCAAAGCCAAACAAGAAAAUAAGAGCUUGCAAUGAUAGGAUUUACUUCAAGUGGGUAAACCAGCCAUCAAACCCACUCAUGCACAUUCCUUUCCUCCUUUUUGUCUAUAAUAACCCAUCCAUUGCCUUUUUGAACAGAUUUUCCUGAAUGUAUGAACUUUUGAGAAAUAUGGGUGAAACAAUAUUUAAGUGUAUAUAUGUAAUUAGAAAUAUGCCCACAGCACCUGCAGUCAUCCAGUGAGAAGACUCUAUUUGAAUUCUUGCUGUGUUCUCAUGCACCCUCAGAGUAAACAUUAAUACCUGGCACACUUUAAGGUAACUGAAUGAAAAACAAUUUGUCAGUCUGCUCCAAUCAUCGUCCACACAGCCUCACAUUAUCAGUUAUACAGUAUUCCGUAGAGUGGAGGCAAAGGCAGAACAUGAAGUUGUUUUAUGUACAAAAGUCCUUUUUUGUGCCGGAAACGUUUUUCAUUUCAUAACACGAGUCAUUGUGCUUUGUUGAAAAAAGCACCAUAUUAUACAUUUCUUAUACAUUUGUUUUGAUCUGUCUUUUCUUCUGCAGAUCAAGGAUCAAGGCUCAUACUUCAUGACGCCGAAAGCAAAAUGUGCCACACAGAACCACUUUUAUAAUUCUGGAUUAAGAAAGUCCAGUUCAGAAAUGAACUGGAUUUAAAGGUCCAGUGUGUAGGAUUUAAGGGGAUAUAUUUGCAGGAAUGGAAUAUAAUUUAAUAAGUGUGUUUUCUUGUGUACAAUAUAAUCAGCUGAAAAUAAAAAUCACAGUGUUUUUGUUACCUCAGAAUGAGCUGUUUAUUUAGGGAAUGGAUCUUCGUCUAUGGGGUCCGCCAUGUUGCUCCAAUGGGUUUCUACAGUAGUCCUGAAUGAACAAACCAAACGCUGGCUCUAGACAGUCCUAUUCAUAUUUUUGCUCUGGCCACUGUAGUUAGCAGUUUAACCUCAGUGAAAGUGUCAGUAGAACACUGGGAUUUUUUAUGUGAAACUGCUUUAUUCGUUGUUUUUACAGCACCAAAGAAACACUGAUUUGUAACAUGAAACUGCUUUAAUCAGUGUCUUCAUCGGUGUAAAUCACCAGGGGCCGUAUUCACAAACAUUCUGAGAAUACACUCAGAGAGCUCCUAACUUGGCCUAAAAUUUUUAAAUAAGGAGUCCUAGCUUAGGAGUGAUUUAGGAAAGUUCUCAGAGCAACUCUGACCAAGGAAGAGACAGAAACUUUUACCUUAGUGAGGAGGUGUGGUUGACCCCAUUGCUAGGCAUGAUGCAUUCUUUUAACAGAUGUGAUUGGUUGUCAGAGACGCGCCCUUUUUGAGCCUGCAAGGUGUGAACACCCAGUGGAAAUGAAAUCAACUGCUGACAGUGACAGUGUUGUCAUUGUUAAUGUGAUCACUCUGCUGAUGGAAGGGUGAGACAGACCAAGGUCAUCACUGCUGCGGCAGCUGCAUCAUUUUAUUUCUGACGUUAUAGCGUUAUUGCACUGAGUGUGAAAUGUGUUCAUACGUCUAAUAAGACAGACCACAAAUAGCUUUUAAUUUACUCACUGUCAUCCAGUGUUUGGAGGAUAUUUCUCCAACCUCUUUGUCUUUCUGCCAUUUUCUCCUCUGAUUAAGAAACUCUUCAGCCUCUUAAAAGUCCUCCACCCUGCUCCUAACAGUUUUUCACCUUAGGAGCUCUUUUAAGGUCUAAGAUGCUCUGUGGAUAACUUUUAUCUUUACUAAAACCUAGUUUUAACUUUAAUGGGAAAUUCUAACAUUAAAAUUCUAAGAAUUUUCUUAGAAUUGCGUCACUAGGAGCAACUCUUAGCACUAGGAAGCUUUGGGAAUAUGACCCCAGGUCUGAUUUUCUUUUUUUUGAAGAUGUAGAGGCCUCUGUGAAAUAAUUUAACCCCUGGUAAAAAUGUGCAGAACACUGAAGGAAUUAUAACUUUCAAAGAAGUUUCAGCUGGUUGCAAAGUGCAAUCCUCGCCGCUCGAUGCCACCAAACCCCCCAAAAUCUUACACACUGAUCCUUUAAUAUGCUGUAUUUUCCAAACAUGAUCGAUUUUAGCCACCCCAGAGCCAGCAAGGAUUUUCACAAAGGGAUUCCUGAUGGACCUUUUGAUCAAGGAUGGUAAAUAAAAUAUUCAGUUUGAAGUGUAGAGGGAGCACUGUACUAUGUAAAUAUUGAUUAAAGUGAAUAUUGGUAUUAUAAUGACAAAGGCAGGUGGGUGGAGGGAUGUGUUGUUGUUCUGUGUUUUUGCUUGCAGUCCAGAUGACUCAAAGAUGAGAAUAAACACGACUAAUUAUCUUGAAAAAAGACACAAACAUGAUUGUACCUGUCCUUUGUUAAAAGUGUUGCAAUUGUCAGAAGGGUAAUUUCAUGAGAAAAAGCAAAAAGUUUUAUAUUAAAGCCAAAUUGUUGUGUUUUCUGUCUCUGUGGAUCCAAUUAAACUGAAUUCUGUAAGCAAAAAA